UCUCGCAACUCCUUCGUUUCUUACGCUCUCCAUCGCUUUCUCUCCUGCUCUGCGUGUUGUUCCUGUUUCAUCCUCCCUUAUCAGAGUCGCCCUACUUCGUCAGGUGUAACCAGGAAGCGGUCGUUGGGUCAAGCAGACGGCUAGCGUCGCCGCUAUAUAAGCCAGUCUUCACAAUUCCCGCCACUACAGAGAUCCGUGAAACUUCCAAGCUGGGAAAGCGGAAAGCAUCCAGUGAACAACCAGCUCGUCCCGAGAAGAAGAUCAUGACGGACGGCAAAAUGCAGGUCGACAACCCCCAGGAGGCGGUCGAGGCUGCCAAGCAGCCGGACAUUGAUGAGUCGUUGUACAGCCGGCAACUGUACGUCCUUGGUCAUGAGGCAAUGAAGCGUAUGGGUUCAUCGAAUGUCCUGGUUGUGGGUUUGAAGGGCUUGGGUGUCGAGAUUGCGAAGAAUAUCGCUCUCGCCGGUGUUAAGUCGCUUACACUUUAUGACCCCGCUCCCGUCGCCAUCUCCGACCUCUCCUCCCAGUUCUUCCUGCAUCCAGACGACGUGGGCAAGCGCCGCGAUGAAGUAACCGCUCCACGUGUGGCAGAGCUCAACUCCUACGUCCCAACAACAGUCUUCGAAGGAAAGAAUCUGGUCGAUGACCUCUCGCAACUCAAGCGCUUCCAAGUAGUCGUUUUGACCAUCACGCCGCUGAAAGAGCAGCUUGCCAUUGCUGAAUACUGUCACAACAAUGGCAUCUAUAUCACCAUCACGGAUACCUUUGGUCUUUUUGGUUACGUCUUUAACGAUUUUGGAAAGAAUUUCACGGUGGGAGACGCAAAUGGAGAGAAUCCUGUCAGCGGAAUUGUUGCGGAUAUUGAUGACGACGGUCUUGUCUCUGCGUUGGACGAGACCAGACACGGUUUGGAGGAUGGUGACUACGUGACUUUCACGGAGAUCAAGGGCAUGGAAGGACUUAACAACUCUGCCCCUCGAAAGGUCACCGUCAAGGGACCUUACACUUUCUCCAUUGGAGAUGUCUCUGGUCUCGGGAAGUACCAGGGCGGUGGUCUCUUUACCCAGGUGAAGAUGCCUAAGUUCAUCGAUUUCCAGCCUCUGUCCGAGCAGAUUAAGAAGCCGGAGCUCCUGAUCUCUGAUUUCGCCAAGUUUGAUCGCCCGCAGCAACUGCACGUGGGUAUUCAGGCUCUGCACAAGUUUGCGGAGGCUCACGACGGCCAACUCCCUCGUCCUCACGGUGAAAGUGAUGCAGAGGAGGUGUGGAAGAUUGCUCAGGGUCUGGCUGGUGAAGGCGAAGAGAAGGUUGAGCUGGACGAGAAGCUGAUUAAGGAGCUCAGCUACCAGGCUCGGGGAGACCUCAACCCGAUGGCUGCGUUCUUCGGAGGUCUCGCCGCCCAGGAAGUUCUCAAGGCUGUCUCCGGCAAAUUUAAUCCCGUUGUCCAAUGGAUGUACGUUGACUCGCUCGAGUCUCUGCCCGAGUCGGUCACUCGCUCGGAGGAGACCUGUAAGCCUCUGGGUACCCGCUAUGACGGGCAGAUCGCGGUAUUCGGCAAGGAAUUCCAAGAGAAGAUUUCGAAUGUCCGUCAGUUCCUCGUUGGCGCAGGUGCCAUCGGAUGUGAGAUGCUGAAGAACUGGGCUAUGAUCGGCUUGGGUACCGGUCCCAAGGGUAAGAUCAGUGUCACAGAUAUGGAUCAGAUUGAGAGGAGCAACCUGAACCGACAGUUUCUAUUCCGAUCGAAGGAUGUCGGAAAGCUGAAGAGUGAAUGCGCCUCCGCUGCGGUGCAGGCCAUGAACCCCGAAUUGCAAGGAAAGAUCGUGACACUGCGAGACCGUGUCGGGCCCGACACGGAGCACGUCUUCAACGAAGAGUUCUGGGAGGACCUCGACGUGGUAACGAAUGCUCUUGACAACGUUGAUGCGAGAACCUACGUUGACCGCCGGUGUGUUUUCUUCCGCAAGCCCUUGUUGGAGAGUGGAACUCUUGGGACCAAGGGUAAUACGCAGGUGAUCCUGCCGGGCUUGACCGAGUCGUACUCGAGCUCUCAGGACCCGCCAGAGCAGUCUUUCCCCAUGUGUACCUUGAAGAGUUUCCCCAACCGUAUUGAACAUACCAUUGCGUGGGCACGGGAUCUCUUCCAGACUUACUUCGUCGGACCUCCCGAGGCUGUGAACAUGUACCUCUCUCAACCCAACUACAUUGAACAAACCUUGAAACAGGCUGGCAAUGAGAAGCAGACGCUGGAACACCUGAACAGCUUCCUGGUUACCGACAAGCCACUGAGCUUCGACGACUGCAUUGUAUGGGCUCGCCAACAGUUUGAGGCCCAGUACAACAAUGCCAUCCAGCAACUACUGUACAAUUUCCCUAAGGAUUCCAAGACCUCGACUGGUCAGCCUUUCUGGUCUGGCCCCAAGCGUGCACCGACACCGCUGAAGUUUGAUCCCACGAACCCCACACACAUUGGUUUCAUCAUCGCUGCUGCCAAUCUGCAUGCGUUCAACUACGGCAUUAAGAGCCCGCCCGUGGAUAAGGAACACUACCGAAAGGUGGUUGAGAACAUGAUUAUCCCUGAAUUCACGCCCAGUUCCAGUGUGAAGAUCCAGGCGAAUGAGAACGACCCCGAUCCCAAUGCUCAACCUUCUGGAUCUUCCUUCGAUGACAACGAGGAGAUCAAGCGCCUCGUCGAGUCUCUUCCAUCACCGAAGUCCCUCGCUGGAUUCCGUCUUCACCCUGUGGAGUUCGAGAAGGAUGAUGACACGAACCAUCACAUUGACUUCAUCACGGCGGCCAGCAAUCUCCGUGCUGAGAACUACGACAUCCCGCAGGCUGAUCGUCACAAGACGAAGUUCAUCGCCGGCAAGAUCAUCCCUGCCAUCGCGACCACCACGGCCCUGGUCACCGGUCUGGUUAUCCUCGAGCUGUACAAGAUCAUCGAUGGCAAGCAGGAUAUCGAAAAGUACAAGAAUGGCUUCGUCAACCUGGCGCUUCCAUUCUUUGGCUUCAGUGAGCCGAUUGCCAGCCCCAAGGGCAAGUACCAGGGCAAGAACGGCGAAGUCACCAUCGACAAGCUCUGGGACCGUUUUGAGGUCGAUGAUAUUCCCCUGCAGGACUUCCUCAAGCACUUCGAGGAUCUUGGACUGGAGAUCAGCAUGGUCAGCUCCGGAGUCAGCUUGCUCUAUGCCAGCUUCUAUGGCGGAAGCAAGGUCAAGGACCGUCUUCCCAUGCCGAUGAGCAAGCUUCUUGAGCACAUCAGCAAGAAACCGAUUCCCGAGCACCAGAAGAACGUCAUCUUCGAGGUUACCGCUGACGACCAGAGCGGAGAAGACGUGGAGAUUCCUUAUGUGAUGGUCAAGCUGCGGAAGUAGUCCAAUGUGGUCGGGUUUCUCCGGGGAGCUAGUUUACGCGAGAAUGAUUCAUGUUGAUACCGUGGAAUAGAAUCAAUCCUAUGUAGUUUCUGUUUCUAUUUUGCGUAAAUCCGUGGCUUAGUUAGCCACAUACAUGCUGAAUAAUGAGUACGAACAGGCGACGGGCUCAGUUA